AUGAACUUGCAUCGACGGCGCGGCAUUUCGCUGCUGCCCGCAACUUUAUGUCUGCUCCCAGUCGUUAUUGACUGGGCAAGGGCUGAGCAAGCGUCUUUCGCAAUUCCUACAAAGCCGAGCACCACAGGCAGCCCCCCAUACUUGGGACCGGCAUGCUAUCCGUUCUGCACCAACACUGGCUACGAGGGCCCUGACACAGUAUCUGCAGUCGAGUCGGCGCGAUAUCGCGACCGGAUAGGCACGCUACAAUGGGUUGACCCACGCAUCGGUACCAAUGGCCCGGAUCCAUCCGAGUAUGGAGGCAUGGUGCCUUCCGUAGCGCUGCCAUUCGCUGGCGUGCGCAGUGUGCCCAUGACAAGAGAGAACCUCGUUUCUGGCUGCGCAUAUCACGACAACGACACGGUCCAUAUCGGCUUCCUCGCGAGCCGCCAGCCUGCGAUCUGGAUGGGCGAUUAUGGAUUCGCAACCAUCUUCGCGGGACAAGGCGAGGUGAAGCUGGGCAAGCACGAGAGAGGUCACAAGUACAUUCGUUCGCAGGAGUACGUGUCUCCUUUCAAGUAUGCGGUGCAUAUGGGCAACUCGUCGUCGGACCGCAUCUUUGCCGAGCUUGCCGGCAAGAGCCGUGCAGCCAUGGUGCAGUACACCUUUGUGCAUCCAGCUAAUGAGAGCGUAAUCAGGCGGCAGAGGGGAACAGAUUUGCCCCCCGAGCUUCUCCUCCAGGCUUCGCUGGGCAACAAUGAAUCCCAAUGGGGGCCUCAUAUUGCAGUGCAGGCUUCGCGAGAACAGUGGCGCGGCGCCGUUCGCAUCGAUGUGGAGCGAGGCGAGAUCUCUGGCUACAACACGGAGCGCAUGGACUAUCGUCUCGGCCCGCACGAGGCAGCAGGCUUCCGAGGUUAUUUCGUCUACCGCUUCGAGUACCAGCGUCUCGAUGCUACAGACGACGAAUGGCUCUCCGGCUUCCCAAGUGAUGGGGUUGGUACAGCGCACACCAACGGUACCGGCAUUGCCAUGCACCCCGGCGAGCGCGCACGAUGGAACGAGCUCGGAGUGUAUGCUUUUGCUCGCUUCCCCAUCGACACAGCCCGCGUGAGAGUGCGAAUGGGACUCAGCCUCAUCUCGGAAGAGCAGGCGCGCUACAACCUCGAUGUUGAGAUGCCAGACGGCAUCAGCAUCGAGCAUGUCGUCGAUGAGCUCAUCGAUGCGUGGAAGAGCAAGACGGACCGCAUCCAGGUACAAGGCGGCACAGAAGCGCAGAAGCGUAUCCUCUACACGGGCAUCUUUCACGCCUCGCAAUACCCAGCCGAGCAUGCAGAGCCGAUUCAGAACAGCGAUAGUAGCAAUGAGACGCUUCGACACGGCCAGAAGGACAAGCACAGGUAUCACUACUACUCUGGCUACACGGACAGCGUGCACAAGGUCAAGCAGGGGCUGCAGCGGUACCAGUCGUGGUCCAUCUGGGACAUUUACCGAGCGCAGUGGAACCUGCUAAUCCUUUUCGAGCCAGAGCGGGUGGUGGACAUGGUGCGAUCGCUUCUCGACAUCUACGACCAGUCGGGCUUUUUACCUAUGUGGUCGACACUGGCAGAAACCAACAUCAUGAUCUCGACUCACGCGGACUCACUGAUCGCCGAAGCUGCCGUCAAAGGAGUGCGUGGAUUUGACAUGGACAAGGCGUGGGAGGCGGUCCGCAAGGAUGGGACCGUCCCACCAGAGCGAGAAUAUGAGCUGCGGUACGAAGACCGCGAGGAGUACACACCGCUCGAGGUACGUGCUGGCUUGACGUUCUACAACCAGUCGGGCUAUGUACCGUUGGACGGUUGGUCCGAGUCAACAAGUCGCACCCUCGACUACGCCUACGAUGAUCACGCGAUUGCAACGCUAGCAAAUCUGAUGGGCAAGAAGGAAGAUGCCGCCUUUUUCCACACCCGCAGCAAGAACUACCGCCACGUCUUUGACCGCGACCAGGGACUAAUGGCAGCUCGACUGAAGAACGGCACGUUUCUUGUCCAGCCGCUUCCCGACCCACGGGGACGCCAAGAAGGAUUUACGGAGGGAAACAGCUUCGACUACUCGUUUGACGUCGUUCAAGAUGUACCUGGGCUUGCAGAGCUGGUGGGAAGCCGGACAAAGCUGGUCGAGUUGCUGGAUCGACACUUCGGCGAAGGGCACAAUGAUCAGUCUAACGAGCCGUCGCAUCACAUUCCUUACCUCUAUGCGCUCUUGGGUGAGGCGGCCAAGACACAGCGUCUGGUAAGGGACAUCUCCCACGAAGGGUUCAGCGACCAGCCGGACGGAUAUGCGGGAAACGAGGACUGCGGUCAGCAGAGCGCGUGGUACAUCUUUAGCGCCAUGGGCAUCUACCCUGUCGAUCCAGUUUCGGGCGAGUACGUCGUCUCGUCGCCGUUCUUCGAGAAGAUCAAGGUUUCGAUCCCGGCACGCACUGCGGAGGGAGAAGCGGUCGAGCUGCGGAUCGAAGCGCCAAGUUCGAGCGACAAGCGGGUCUACGUCGCGAAUUUGACGGUCAAUGGGCGGUCAGUAGGGCAGCCGAAGCUGGCAUGGUCGGACUUGCUCGCUGGAGGAACCUGGAAGUUUGACCUUGCCGUCACUCCACAAGCGUGGGGCAACGACAAGACGCUUCCGCCGAUGUACGCCUAA